AUGGCGCAGCGCACAAGCAAGUACCUGGGUGUACUGUACUUGCUCCGUGCGGCGGGUGGUAAUAUUGGUCAAGUACAAGUAAAACAGCGCUCACUUACUUGCCCCGACUUGCACCAUGCAGCACAGUGCUUGUACCAGCACAAGUACAGUACUUACUUUGACGGCCUCGUAUGCGUCGGUACGUACCAGUGUGCUCUUCCGACGGCGCCAGGCACAGCCAUAACGUUAGCUUCGCUUCCGCCGCCGCCGGCACCCCACACUGUCCUUCGGUCACCGUCCUUGACCAGGAACGCGCCUGUGGCAUUCUCCUCCCCUCGCUCGUCCCCUUGUCCUGCCCACGACGCCGCCGAACCCUCUCCGCCUGCAGCCAUCUCCAACCUCGACCAUCCUCGCUCCGGCUCUCCGUCACCUUCGACCGUCGUCACCGGACAUAACCCGUGCGCGUCCCCGUCCCCAUCGCCCUCGAGUUCUGCCGCUCUGCCCACGCGCACCCUGCGGGAAAAAUCCGACCCGGCUCACCGCCCUUUGCGCCGCCCGACUCUGCCUCUGCCUCCCGAGCCUCUGCCUCCCGAACCUUCACACGAGGCAGCCCUCGCUCGAUCGGUGCCCGCGUUUGAGAAUCCCCAUCCCGCAUCCGCCUACCUCGACGGCCCGAAACCCUCGUCGCGUCCUCCUUCUUCGCCUCGCCUCAGCCUCCCCCCUCCUCGACCCUCAUCUCCAACGCCUGCCGCCACCGACCGCCAGCCCGCCACCCGCCACCCACCUGCUGCCGUCCCAAGGCCUCGCCGCGUCAAGGAUACUACAAGAUCCCUCGCUCCCGCCCUCCGUCCAGAGCCCUCGGGACCGGACCGGCCCAAGUGCGGCUCUGCUUGCGAGACCCUCGUCGCCCCCAUUCGCCGCCGACGCGCCUCGCAGGACCCCGCGAACCCUGGGCCUCGACGACGCCGUUCGACCGACCUCAUCCUCGACAGGGCCACGACCCCGAGUCCGACAUGUCGACGUACCCCGUCUACGGCGCCCCCGCCGGCGGCUACGCCCCUCCGCCGCAGCAGCAGUAUCAACCCAGCUAUUACCAGCCACACGCCUCCCCAUGCCUCGUACGGUUACCAGCAAUCACCUCCGUCAAACUACGGAUAUCCGCAGUCUCCCCUUCACCAGUUCGCCGGUCCCGGCUCCGGCUCGUUCAGUCACCCUCCGCCACCGCAGCCGACCUACAGCUCGCUCCCGAGUCCAGGUGUACCUCCGCCGCAGCAUAGCCCGUAUUCCCAAGGUCGGCCUGGGAAUCCGCCCCCUCCACCGGCCGGCCCCCAGCAUUUCGGUCACGGUGCCCCGCAAGGCUACGCCUUUCGAUAUUCGGCAUGCACCGGUCGCAGGAAGGCUCUGUUGAUCGGCAUCAACUACUUCGGCCAGCGCGGCCAGCUCCGAGGCUGCAUCAACGAUGUGCGGAACAUGACGGCCUACCUCGCCGAGCAUUUCGGGUACAAGAGGGAGGAUAUGGUGAUCCUCACCGACGAUCAGCAAAAUCCCAUGAGCCAGCCGACGAAGCAAAAUAUCUUGCGUGCCAUGCAUUGGCUCGUGAAGGAUGCGCGACCAAACGACUCCUUGUUCUUCCACUACUCCGGUCACGGUGGGCAGACCAAGGACCUCGACGGUGACGAACCCGACGGGUACGACGAAGUCAUCUAUCCCGUCGAUUUCCGCCAAACUGGCCACGUCACCGACGACGAGAUGCACAGGAUCAUGGUUCGGCCCCUGCAGGGCGGCGUGAGGCUGACCGCCAUCUUCGAUUCCUGCCAUUCCGGCACCGCCCUCGACCUCCCCUACAUAUACUCGACCCAAGGCAUCCUGAAGGAGCCCAAUCUCGCCAAGGAAGCCGGCCAGGGCUUGCUCGGCGUCAUUUCCUCCUACAGCCAGGGCGACCUCGGCGGCGUCGCCAAUAACAUCAUGAGCUUCUUCAAGAAGGCCACGAGCGGCGAGGACGCUCGCACGCGCGCCAUAGCCACCAAGACGUCCCCUGCCGAUGUCGUCAUGCUUUCCGGCAGCAAGGACGAUCAGACAUCGGCCGAUGCCACGAUCGCCUCCCAGGCCACCGGUGCCAUGUCCUGGGCCUUUGUCACGGCGCUGAGGAAGAACCCGCAGCAAAGCUACGUGCAGUUGCUCAACAGCAUCCGAGAUGAGCUGGCUACCAAGUACACGCAAAAGCCGCAACUCUCGUGCAGCCACCCACUGAACACAAAUCUGCUGUUCGUCAUGUAG